GCCGUAUGGCGGCGGCGGCGCUGCGCCUGUGCCGCGCUGCGCGCCUGCUGCCGGCGGCUGCCAGCGCUCGAAACACGGCCCCGGCCCCGCGGCCGCCUCCGCGCCUCGCUUCCUCCUCCUCCUCUUCCUCCUCCGCCUCCUCUGCUUCCUGGCCCUCUCCGCCGCAGCCCGCCAUGCCGGCCUUCCAGUACCCCGAGGUGUACCGCGACGAGACCGCCGUGUUGGAUUACCAUGGAUGUAAAAUCAGUGAUCCGUACUGCUGGCUUGAAGAUCCUGAUAGUGAAGAGACAAAGGCAUUUGUGGAAGCUCAGAACAAGCUCACAGUACCCUUUCUCGAGCAGUGUCCUGUUAGAGGACUGUUCAAGGAACGAAUGACUGAACUUUAUGAUUAUCCUAAGUACAGCUGCCACUUCAAGAAAGGAAAAAGGUAUUUUCACUUCUACAAUACUGGGCUCCAGAAUCAGCGUGUUUUAUAUGUACAAGAUUCCUUAGAUGCUGAUGCCAAAGUUUUUCUUGAUCCAAAUAAGCUUUCUGAUGAUGGCACUGUGGCCUUACGAGGUUAUGCAUUCAGUGAAGAUGGUGAAUACUUUGCAUAUGGCCUGAGUUCUAGUGGCUCUGAUUGGAUUACUAUUAAGUUUAUGAAAGUAGAAGGUCCUGAGGAUCUCCCAGAUACACUGGAGAGAGUUAAAUUCAGUUGCAUGGCAUGGACCCAUGAUGGAAAAGGCAUGUUCUAUAACUGCUACCCAAAACAAGAUGGGAAAAGUGAUGGCACUGAGACCUCCACUAAUCUGCAUCAAAAGCUGUAUUAUCACGUAUUAGGAACUAACCAGUCAGAAGAUAUCCUAUGUGCUGAAUUUCCUGAUGAACCAAAAUGGAUGGGGGGAGCUGAGGUGUCUGAUGAUGGUCGGUAUGUCUUGCUGUCUAUCAGAGAAGGCUGUGAUCCAGUGAACAGACUGUGGUACUGUGAUCUACAGAAGGAGUCUCAGGGUAUAUCAGGAAUUCUUCAAUGGGUGAAGCUGAUAGAUAACUUUGAGGCUGAGUACGAGUAUGUCACCAAUGAAGGAACAGUGUUCACUUUCAAGACAAACCGCCAUUCUCCAAAUUAUCGGUUAAUCAACAUUGACUUCAGUGAUCCAGAGGAAUCCAAAUGGAAAGUUCUCGUCCCUGAACAUGAGAAAGAUGUUCUAGAAUGGGUUGCUUGUGUUAGGUCCAAUUUCCUGGUUUUGUGCUACUUGCAUGAUGUGAAGAAUAUCCUGCAGCUUCAUGACCUAGCCACCGGUGCACAUCUCAAGACUUUUCCCCUAGAAGUUGGUAGUAUUGUGGGAUAUAGUGGCCAAAAGAAGGACACUGAAAUAUUCUACCAGUUUACUUCCUUUUUAUCUCCAGGUAUUAUAUAUCACUGUGAUCUGACCAAAGAGGAACUGGAGCCUACAGUUUUCCGAGAAGUGACUGUUAAAGGAUUUGAUCCUUCAGUUUACCAGACAAUUCAGGUUUUCUACCCUAGCAAAGAUGGCACUAAAAUCCCAAUGUUUAUUAUUCACAAGAAAGGAAUUAAAUUAGAUGGUUCUCAUCCUGCCUUCUUGUAUGGAUAUGGAGGCUUCAACAUAUCAAUUACACCAAGCUACAGUGUAUCAAGGCUUAUUUUUGUGCAAAACCUGGGAGGUGUUCUAGCAGUGGCGAACAUCCGGGGUGGGGGCGAGUAUGGAGAGACCUGGCACAAAGGUGGUAUCUUGGCCAACAAACAAAAUUGCUUUGAUGAUUUUCAGUGUGCUGCCAAAUACCUCAUCAAGGAAGGCUACACAUCCCCAAAGAAGCUGACUAUUAAUGGAGGCUCAAAUGGGGGCCUCUUAGUUGCUGCCUGUGCUAAUCAGCGCCCUGACCUGUUUGGUUGUGCCAUUGCCCAAGUGGGAGUGAUGGACAUGCUCAAAUUCCACAAGUACACCAUCGGCCAUGCUUGGACCACGGACUAUGGUUGCUCCGACUGUAAGGAGCAGUUUGAAUGGCUGCGCAAGUACUCUCCACUUCACAAUGUCAAACUACCAGAAGAAGAUGGCAUCCAGUAUCCCUCCACACUGCUUCUCACAGCAGACCAUGAUGACCGUGUGGUCCCUCUGCAUUCUCUGAAGUUCAUCGCUACCCUGCAGUACAUUGUGGGCCGAAGCAGUAAACAAACCAAUCCACUUCUCAUCCAUGUUGACACCAAGGCUGGGCAUGGAGCAGGAAAGCCAACUGCUAAAGUUAUAGAAGAAGUGUCAGAUAUGUUCGCUUUUGUAGCACGAUGUCUAAAUCUUGAGUGGAUUGAAUAGGAAAAAUGCUUAUUACUGUCUCCUUUAGAAAACAAGGGCUUUAACAUUUAAGAACAGCCACACUACUACUUGGUGUAGUACUUACAUUUAAGAACUGCAGUUUAAUAUUUUAUUGAUCCAAUCUGCUAUGAAGUUUUGAUCUGUGCUUCCCUCUUUUUGGUAUUUCUUUGAUUUUUUUUUUCUACUGCAUUCCAAACUCCAUUUUGAAAAGCAUGUUCAAAAAAAUAGCUGAGCUAUUCUCAGUACUGGUGUGAAAAUGUAGAUUUCAAAAUUAGUGCUAUUUGAGCUUAUUUCCUGUAAGCAAUUUUAAUGUAUUUCACCUCUAAACAUAUCCAGAUCAUUUGUAAUUAAAUGUAAGUACUGUUCACAUACAAGAUCUCUGAGCAUAUUUUAUUUACACAAUAAUUUAUUUAAGAAUGUAAACGGAAGGUGUUCAGUGAUAACCAGGAAAAACUGAAGAGACAGUAAUCUAGUUACAUCAAAUAUUAUUAAAAAGCUUGUAUUGCAUUCUGUUCAUAAACGUGUUACAGUCUAUAAUAAUGAUUUUGCUAAAUUGUUCUUUCUUUCCAAAGAGACUUCAAAAUGUCACCAGUGUUCUCUUCUGCCAUUUUAUUUCUACACAGAAGAGAAGACUGGAGGCUGAAAAACUUGAUGAAAUCUUAGGUUCUCAUUGUAAUCUCAGUCAAGCUAUACAGAUACUCUCCAACAACCCAUGUGAAAUUAUUUCUUCAACUGUUUCUGAAGAGUAGACCAGGCACUGAUUUAAAUAAAUGAACAAAACAUAACACAAAACAAAAUAGAAAACCCACCCCAACCCAAAGGCACAGCUUUGUCCAGAUUACUCAGGUUCAGUUUUUUUCUGAUGCUCCUCACAGGACAUUCUCUAACAAAGCAAAAUCUGAACAUGCAUAUAUAACUUAGUUUUGGCUACAAAACAGCAAGAGCUUGUAGUCAGACUCCCCUGUUGAUUUGACAUAGGCAUAUUAUUUGAACUGCCAUUUUUCCCAUCUAGGCUGUAGAGCUGUAAAGUAGAUGUGAGUAUUUGCCUACUAUUUAAUCUCUGAUGCACUGCAGGAAUUACAGUUUGAUUUGCAGUGGAAAAAAGUAUUCUAUCAACUAUUAUUAGUCUUGUUGCCCCUCCAGAAGACAUCACUGUUUCUCAUUUUUGGAUGAACUGAUCUAGUAUUACAGAAUCAUGCUUGUCAUCACAUUCAUACUUAGACCCUAAGGACUGUAUUUUAACUCUGGGCUCAGGAGUUUCAUCUCUAAACAAACAAUGUCUUGGUGCAGGAAGAGCAAGGAGUGGUAUUCAAAAGUGAAGGAGAUGCUCUAAAGAGCAGCAAAAAUAAAAAUAAAUUUGUACUAGAGUCACUCUGUGUUUCCCUCAUGAUCUGGACUUCUUUUAUUCUCUUUGGAGUCCAGGAACAAUCAUGCUUAUUAUGUAUGGCUAAUUUGACUUUAGGAGAAAAUAAAAAACUAUUUCUGCUUUCA